CGUGGUCUUUCCCCGUAGACUUUAAAAGCUCUUUCUCCCAUUACAAACCAAAACCAUUAGAAAAAAACAACAACCAAAACAAAAGAAAAAACAAAAAACAAUGGCCGUAAAGAAGAAACUAUCCUGGAGAUCACUAAUGGUUGCAUGUUUCUUGGAUCCAGAAAACAUAUGUUCAUCAAAAAAGGCAAAGAAAAAUGAUGGUGAUGGUGUAAUAACAAAACAGAAAUCAUUUCUUGGGUUGUCGAUCUUAGACAUAAGUGAUCCAAGUUCCACAACCUUGUCUGAAGAUCUUUCAAUCUCUCUCGCCGGUUCGGAUCUCCACGUUUUCACACAGGCAGAGCUCAAAGUCAUCACACAAAGCUUCUCUUCAAGCAACUUCCUGGGCGAAGGAGGGUUCGGUCCGGUUCACAAAGGGUUCAUCGACGACAAGUUACGGCCUGGUCUUAAAGCUCAGCCUGUCGCUGUUAAACUUCUCGAUCUAGAAGGCCUUCAAGGUCACCGUGAAUGGCUGACGGAGGUUAUAUUUCUAGGGAAGUUAAAACACCCAAAUCUGGUGAAGCUGAUCGGGUAUUGCUGCGAGGAAGAACAUAGACUCCUUGUCUAUGAGUUCAUGCCUCGUGGGAGUUUAGAGUCUCAACUAUUCAGAAGGUGUACUAUAUCGCUGCCUUGGCUAACCAGGAUGAAGAUCGCUCACGGAGCUGCAAAAGGUUUGCAGUUUCUUCAUGAAGCAGAAAAGCCUGUCAUCUAUCGCGAUUUCAAGGCCUCCAAUAUCUUGUUAGAUUCUGAUUACACAGCAAAGCUCUCUGAUUUCGGGCUAGCAAAAGACGGACCAGAAGGUGACGAAACGCACGUGUCUACACGUGUGAUGGGCACGCAGGGGUACGCCGCGCCAGAGUAUAUAAUGACAGGCCAUCUAACAGCAAAGAGUGACGUGUACAGCUUUGGAGUUGUGUUACUUGAGUUGUUGACAGGUAGGAGGUCGGUAGACAAAAAAAGAUCGUCAAGGGAACAAAACCUCGUUGAUUGGGCUCGUCCAAUGCUCAACGACCCACGAAAACUCGGGAGAAUAAUGGACCCGAGGCUCGAAGAUCAGUACUCAGAGACGGGUGUAAGAAAGGCAGCGGCUUUGGCUUACCAAUGCCUAAGCUACCGACCAAACAGAAGGCCAUCCAUCAGCACCGUUGUUUCAGUUCUCCAAGACAUUAAAGAUUACGGCGAAGAUAUACCCAUUGGGACGUUCACUUACACGGUCUCUUCCUCGCCUACCAAGCCAAGCCUUGAAGCUAAAGAGACAAGUGUUCAAAUUUCGGACAAGCCUCGCAACGUUUAUAAGAGUGAUCAACAUCAUCAUAAGAACCGGUCUCCGGUGCAUACAGCACGAAACCACCGGUUAACUCUGAGACACGGAUUGAAUUCACCGAUGCGUAAUGAGGCCGGAGGGGAACGGUACUGAGUUUCUUUUUUUUUCUUACAUUGGUAGUUUCUCUUUUCAAAACAUAAGAUGUAGAUAAUAUCUUUCGUCCAUCAAAAAUCUAAACAAAAAUCUAGAAUAGGUUUUGUUUUACAGGGUCUUUUUCGUGGGUUAAGUUGAUUAUUUUUAAGCCAAGUUACCAAAAAAAAGUUGAUUAUUUCUGUUUAUUUGUU